AUGACGGAAGCAAGUUCUGAAAGCAGUGAUUCGGCAACAGUGAAGCAAGCAAGCUCGGCAACAGCAGUUAGCCAUGAGCCUGGAGGCCCAACAAAUUGGGCUGCUUUUGAUGAGUCACAACCUCCAGAGCUACCGCCUUCCGAAUCAGGCUUCUUCACCAAAGUUUCUGCUGCUGCUACGGAAGCACUGAGUGCGGAUGCAUUCGGUGACCAGAUCGCUCCAUCAAGCAAGUUAGAUGCAUUCACUCCGAUCAGCGAAAAUCUGAUAAGUGAGAGUUACGAUCCGUUCGAUGUUCGCCCAGCAGAUGACCUCGUUGAAGCGGCAAAAACACGUGCGGCUGCAGUAAUAGCUGCGGAAGAAACCCAGGAUGAUUUGAGCUUCUUUAGCGCCAAAGUGGACGAAAGGAAAAGUGAUGUUAGCACACCAACUCAAGAAGGUGGAAGUCCGGCCAGUUCUCGACCGCCUGGGUUUGAAGAUGAGUUCCGUGCUGAUGCUGAUGCGUUAAGUACACCAAGUCCACUAUACGACGAAGACGACAGCGAGCCACUCACCGAUUUUCCGGAGAAAUUCACUGGCGAUGGCUGGGAAAUGAUGGUCCGGUAUCCGAUUAAGAAAAAAAUUAUGGGCGACCGCUACUGGAAGCCAUGCUAUGUUCGGCUACGCGAGAAUACACUGUUGUUAUUCAAUUCGAAAACCGAACAAAAGCCAUUCAUGGAAAUUUUACUGCAGGCAACCUACUCUCUAUCCGAUCCCACUUUGCAAGCUUAUGAUGUGUAUGGUAAAAUUCACACUGUAAAACUUCAGUAUGUUAUAUACAAGGAGCGAGUUGGAAUUCGACCGGGUUAG